AUGAUAAAUCAAAUUGCUGAUGUUGAUAAAGCAGUUGAAGCUACUCAAACAGCUUUUGAUAUUGAAUCACCAUGGCAUAAAUUAGAUCCUCUUUCUUUCUCUCAACCUAAGUCAAUAUGUAGAAAUGCACUUUAUUGUGCUGCUCUUAUCAAAGAGUCUGGUUUUCCACCAGAUGUUGUCAACAUCAUACCAGGUGAUGGGCCUGAAUGUGGUUAUGCAAUUGCUGUUCAUGCACAUAUUGAUAAAGCAGCUUGUACUAGUUCAGUUGAAGUUGGAAAGAAAAUACAAGAAGCAGCAACUAAAUCAAAUCUUAAAUGUGUUACAUUUGAACUUGGUUAA